AUGUCCUUCCUCCCACUGUUCUCCGAACCCAGGAUUUUCGCCUACCUGUGGCUACUACUGAUCGUUCAGGUGAUCUCCCCGAAUGUCGUCGAAAUCUGGGAGGCCCUGAUCACGUUCCUCAUGUUCCCGCUCCUUGUGACGAUCUCGUGGAUGGCCAACAAGGGGAAGCUUGGCUUCCUGGCCCUCGAGAAGAAGUCGGAAGAGGAGACGGGCCUGUUGGCCGCACCUGCUUACAACGAGCCGACCAACAACAUGCGGAAGAGCCAGCAUCCUCGCAUCAACCAUGCCCCGACCACCGUGGGCGUCACCAACCGAAGAGCUUCUCAGCUGAGCAACCGAAGAAAUUCGCAGCUGAGCGCCGGCAGGGCACCCACGGAGGUAGAGGCGGCUCCCAAGGAAGCCAGGGAUGCCUCAUGCGGCGAGGAGGAUCAGAAAUCUCCGGCCGGGAGCAUGAAUGGCAAGGACAUUCUCGAUCCGAAGACAAAUGAAGCCUUCAUAGCGCCGAACGGUGUCAUCACCUUCAGAAGUGACAGCAUCGAGGUGAACACCUCCGAGACCGACUGCACCGGGCAAGACGGCUAUACGCUGUCGGUGGAAAUCCUCCGCUGCAACGGCUCGGAGGGCGAGGUCAGCUGCAAGCUGGAGACGGAGGGGCUUUCCGCCGUUCCAGGCAAGGACUUCGAGCCUAAAGUAGAAAAGGUCAUCUUCCAGCCUGGCAUCGACAAGGCGAAGGUCCAGGUGCAGAUCCUCCAGCAGCGCCUCUCGGAACCGGAUGAUGUCCUGCAGCUGGUGCUCUCCGAGGCAGAGGGUGGAGCCAUCUUCAAUCCCCACGAUGAUGGCGGCCGCGAGAUGUCUCUGUUGACCAUCACCAUCAAGAACUCCUCAGAGCCGCCUUUGGGGGAGAGGAUCAUCGACCCUGACAACUUCGCCCGAGGCUUGGAGGAGUGGAAGGAGCAGAUCCUGAGCUCUUGGAGGCUGGAGGAGCCCGAGGCGGAGGACGGCGAGGAGCCAGCUAGAUUGGGCCCCAGCGACUACGUGUUCUUCGUUUUAGGCCUCCCUUUCAAACUCUUCUUUGGCGUGAUGUGCCCGCCUGCGUGUUGGGCUGGCGGGUUUCUGCUCUUCGUAGUGGCGCUGGCCUGGGUGGCAGUCGUGACGGCGCUGAUCAGCGACCUGGCGUCACUGUUCGGUUGCUGUGCAGGCCUCCCGGAUGCCACGACAGCGAUCACCAUUGUGGCCAUGGGCACAUCGCUGCCUGAUACCUUCGCCUCCAUGGCAUCGGCAUCAAAGGAUGACACGGCCGACUCCUCCAUCGUCAAUGUGACCGGGAGCAACUCUGUCAACGUUUACCUGGGCAUCGGAAUUCCCUGGCUAGCUGCAGCAAUCUACUGGACGAAUGGCCCGUUGGAUGCCUGGAGGGCCCGCUACCGGGACAUCCCAGAAACUUUGGCGAAGUACCCGAGCGGCGCCUUCGUCGUCAAGGCCGGGGCGCUUGGCUUCAGCGUCCUCCUCUUCAACUGCGUGGGCAUCAUCUGCCUGGUGAUCCUUCGCGUCCGGCGCCUGGCGCUGGGCGGCGAGCUGGGGGGCCCCAAGAGACCAGCCUGGGCCUGUUCCAUCACACUCGUGGUCCUGUGGUCGAUCUACAUCGCCUCAUCCAUCUGGAGGAACGCGUCAACGGAUGCGGAGGUCAUGAUCUAUCCACUUGCCGUGUUGGCCGUGCUGGCCGUUAUUGGUGGUCUGGCCUUUGAGUUGUCCGGCAAAGGCAGGUACGACCCGUCAGCAGAGGAGGCAAGGAAGUCCCAGCAGGAGCCCGCCAAAGACUUCGAUUCCCAUAUGGUCGUCAACGUCGAGGACACCGGGAAGAAUGUGGACGAGGGGCUGGAGCCGAAGAAGAUCGGCGCGUCAGAAGACAUGAUCGUAUCCAACUUGCAAGAGGCGCCCAUGGGCGAGACAGCCGCGAUUGGGGCCGGGGAGGACGCGAUGGAGCCAGCGCCGGAACCGGUCGGCACGCCGCCUUCUCCCGAGGCACCUCCUGACCUGCCCGCGGCCAAGGAGGAGGCACCUCCUGACGUGCCUGCGGCCCAGGAGGAGGAACCUCCAAAGGCGGAGGAGGGCGAGAAGAAGAAGACGAAGGGGCCCAAGAAGUCCACCACCGACGCCGCAAGCAAGAAGGCUGCCGCCAAGAAGAAGUCAGAGGUCGUGAAGGAGCCGAAGAAGUCGAAAGUCGAGUCGCCGGAGCCGUCGAAAGAGGCACCCGCCGCGCUGCCAGCGGAGCCGCCGGCAGUGCCACCUGACCUGCCUGAGCCGCCUGCAGCGGUCUAA